GAACGCCUCUGAUGCUGUCACUGAUACUUCUUUGCUGUGGAUGGUUUGCAUUUUUUCAAGCACGCAAAUACACACCCUUUGCCUGUCAGUGAUAGUGAUUGUCGCACCAGCCCAGAGUUCUUUGAGUUGACGGAUGGAGGUGUGUUUUUUUCGACGUUGUUGAUGUUGUUCAUUUCGCUUUUGGGAAAUAAUAGUUCUUCCACACAGAAGAGGAGUUUGGAUUAAAGAACAAGUACCUAGAAUUGAAGGACUGAGAGGACCAUGUUGAAAGGGGGCACCGCCAAGGCGGCACUGCCCAGGAUGGGAGCCCCGGAGCGUGCAAAGCUGUCCACCAUCAGUUCCCAAAGCACAUACUCCGGCAACAUCGGGAUGAAGACCUCCAGAUCGUCCAGCACCAUCGCCUCUGACCUGCGACUCAGCAAGAUAAAGAGGGCAAGCAGUGAUGAUGCUCUGGCUAAACCUGUCUUGGGUUCAGUGUCCCGCAUCAAGAAGACCAUCACCACAGGAGCCAUCGCUGAGCUUACAGACAACCGGCCACGCAGCGCAUCAAGUGUCCAGUCAACCAAAAAGUCAGGAAUCCCAGCUCCUCGUGAGAUCCCCCAAAGCAUCUCCAGAGAACGUCUCUCAUUGCGUGAUCAACAGAAAAGCUCUACAGCCAAAAAGAUGGUCACCAGUUCCAGCGCCUCAAGCAUCUCUGCACUGACCAAGCACUCACGUGGCUCUGUCAAGACCAAAGCAGAGUCUGCCAUCUUGGACAAGACGUUGCUGGAGAGCCAGGUGAGGGAGCUUCUGGCUGAGGCCAAAACCAAAGAGUUUGAGAUCAGUAAGCUACGAACGGAGCUUCAACGGCAUAAAGGGAAAGAUUCACCAUCAGAGGCUGGGACACCAGAAGGGAAUUCAGAGAUGGAAAGGGCACCGGCUCAGACUGGAGACGUCCAGGUGCUUGUAGGUGAACUGAGGGAGAAGAACGGACGUUUUCAACGUGAGUUGGCCACCUUGCGGGAAGAAAAUCAGUCUUUGAAGCAAAAGCUCAUUACAUUGGAGAGCACCAGCUCCAGCAAGCAUUCUGUUAAUGGGGUUGUCCCAGAUAACAUCAAUGGAAGCGGUCUUAAAACUUUAGUGUCAUCUGGAUGUGACAUUAAAGUCUCCCCUUUACCCUCUUUAGACUCCUCUGAGUUUGAGAAGAUCCCCUCACGCUCAGACUCAAUCAGUAGCAGCGUUAAGAGUGUGGUGCCCAGUGGUGUGGUGAAAGAUCUCUCUGUUGAGUCUCUGACAGACCGCAUCCAGAAGAUGGAAGAGAGUCACCACAGUACAGCCGAAGAGCUUCAGGCCACUCUACAAGAGUUGGCCGACCAGCAACAGGUCGUCCAGGAGCUGACAGCUGAAAAUGAGCGUUUGGCGGAGGAGAAAGGCCUCUUGCAGACUUCCCUACAGCAGCAAAGGGAACGCGUAGAACUCUUGGCACAACAAAAUGAGACUCUUCUCCAGAGGCUCAGAGAACAAGCUCAAAGUCAAGAAGCUGAAGCUUCACGUGUCUCUCGGGUCGCAGAGCUCGAACAGCGUUUGGCUGAGCAAGUAGAGAGCUCGCGCUUCGAAAGAGAAAAGCUGGUUGACAUCCAGCAGCAGCUGACAGGGAGUCUCAGAGCCUUGGAGAAGGAGAAUCAGGAGGCGCAAACUGCUGUGAAGAGCUUAAGGGAAGAAGAAGGGCUUCUGCAAGGGCAUCUGGAGAGUGAGAAACUUGCUAGAGAAGAGGCAGUGAGGAAAACGGAAGAACAGAGGCUAGCCACGGAGGCUCUGAGGGUGGACAAUGCGAGUCUGAAGGCGCAGGUGGAGGUGGAGCGGCAGAAGGUAGCUGAGCUGAAGGCAGUGCAGAGCGCUAGUGACAACACUGAGCUGCAAAGUCUGCUCAAAGUGGCGCAUGAAGAUCGAGACAAGCUGGAGAUGACCUGCACAGAGCUACGACAAGAGCUGCAGCAGGUGGAGGCAGACAGACAGCAGCUUCUGGAGAAGGUGGAGAAACAGGAACAAGAUCAUAAAGCCGACACAAAUUCUCUCGAGGAAAAGGCCAGAGAUGCUGAGAACCAAAUCAAGGACAUGAAAGAGACCAUCUUUGAGUUGGAGGACCAGGUGGAGCAGCAACGGGCCGUUAGACUGCACACCAACCAGACCAUCCUGGACCUGGAGAAUCAAAUCAAGAGGCUGGAAGACAACAAAGCUGAACUGGAGAAGCAGAUUAAAGUCGUGAAUAAACAAAUGAAGGAUGAAACGGAGGAGUGGCGCCGUUUCCAGGCUGACCUCCAGACAGCAGUAGUGGUUGCCAAUGACAUAAAGGUGGAAGCUCAGCAGGAGCUGCGGACGCUGCGCAGACGUCUGCAGGAGGAGCAGGAGCACAGCGCAAGACUGGCUUCAGAGCUGGAGCAGAUCCAGGGCACCAGAUCGUGGAGUGAAGAUGCCAGUCUCUCUGACUCAGACGGCAGUCCACACUGGAGUCGAAUGACCAUUUCCCAGAAUGCACCUGUGGGUUUCCUUACCAACGGCAAUGGCAGGGGAAGCAGUGCGUCCUCUGAGCCUGAAGCCACAGUCAAAUCUCUCAUCAAAUCAUUUGACACAGCAAUGCCGAAUGGAUCCGGCAGCUCAGUACAGAUACACACAUCUCCCAGAAGCCCCCUGAGUGGUAUACCAGUCCGAACAGCUCCCGCUGCUGCCGUCUCACCCAUUCAGAGGCAUUCUGGAAUCAAGCCACUGUCGAAGACCCUCGAGAGAAGAAUUGCCUUUGGAGAUUUCCCUCACAAUGGUUCCUGUGAUGAUCUGAAGCCCUCGUCUCUUAUGAGGAAGAGCCCGUCUCUGGAGUCUGUGAUUAAAACUCCAGCUCACUUCAACGGCCGCACCGCAUCAUUUACUUACAACAGAGCCAACAGCAAACUCAGUGUGGAAAGAACAGACCCUCUGUCCGCUCUGGCGCGGGAGUAUGGUGGAUCUAAGAGGAACGCUCUACUGAAGUGGUGCCAGAAGAAAACAGAGGGCUAUCCGAAUAUAGACGUGACGAACUUCAGCAGCAGCUGGAGCGACGGCCUAGCGUUCUGCGCUCUCUUACACACGUAUCUGCCUGCACACAUCCCCUACCAGGAGCUCAUCAGCCAAGACAAGGGGCGAAAUCUAACCCUGGCUUUUCAAGCAGCCGAAAGCAUUGGUAUCAAACCCUCUCUGGACUUUGAGGAAUUGAUGCGCACGGAUCGACCGGACUGGCAGAGCGUCAUGCAAUACGUGUCUCAGAUUUACAAAUACUUUGAGACUUGAUUUUUGGACUUUGAAGAGGAUGGAGGCACAGAAGCACUUUUAUUCGCCUGGUCCAGUUCUUCCAAAAACACACAGUUCUGUAUUUAUACAACCAACACAUCAUAUACACACACACAGAAUCCUUCCAGCCUCAAACAUCUUCUCUGUCCCUCAAACGUCUAAUAUGGACAUAACUCAGAACUGUUUGAAGUUGCUUGCAGAGUGUAGGUUAGCAAUCUUGCACUUAAACUGCUAUAGUUUUUAUAGUACGGUCAAUUUUGCUAAGAGUUCAAGUGUAGCUGCUAAUCUUUAUAAAGUAUUAUUACCCAGAUCUAUAUAUAUAUAUAUUGACAUACUUAUGUAUUAAUAUACUGAUGGAGGUAUUUUUAAAUAUUUAGUUUUCUCACAAAGACUUUGUCAAACAAUAUAUAUCUAUAAAAAAUUGGUUUCACGUUUUGGGUAAUUUGUCACUUAUAGAAACGACCACUAUUAAAAUCUUGUCCUAAUUAUUUAACAGCCCUAUGUGUGUUAGUAAAACACUAAGAUUAGCUCUCUACGACUCUACUUAAUUAUUUCUGGAAUAAAAAGUCAGAAAGUCAAUGUCUGAUGGAACGCUAUAAGAGUGUUUCAAACAACCAGUAUUGAUUAUUUAAUGCUUUUUGUGCCUGUUUAAAUGACUGAAGAUGUGUUUAAAUGAAAGGAUUUAAAUAGUGUUUAAAAAAAAGUAUCAAAAGGAGAAAAAAGAAAGAAAGAAAUGCAUUUAGGCUGGUCAGCAGUGGGAUUUGUGCCAAAUUGUAACUGAAACGUUGCAUUUAACAGCAUGGACAACUGGUCAAAUUCUCUCAACUGAAG